GUUUCUUUCUUGAAAUAGUUCUGCUCAAGCUAAAAAACAUUUACAAAUUAUAUUAUAAAAAUAAUUCCGACGGAAAUGUAUUUUCGACAAUGCAUAUAUAACUUGCAAUAAUAGCACAUGGUUGCAAAUACCUCAAAAAGGUAGAAAACGUACGAAACAGCUGUUAUGGGAAAUUUCAAGAUGGUGACGCACAUUUGUGACAGUCACCUGUGUGUAAUUUUUUCUAUAAAACGAGAACAUAUUUUAUCCAAAUAAUAAUGAUUUGAAUCUAAAUUACCAAUCAAACAUAUUUUAAUAAUGAUGUCAACGAGGUACUUUUCUUUCUUAUCUGGAGUAAUAAUAGCCUCCUUGACAUGGACUUUCAGUUUGUACCUUUAUUCAAGAUUAUCUCAAUACAGUAACCUCUUUAAUUCAACAGUACCAGUGUCAAAGAAUUUGAAAUUAUUUAAAGAACCUACAUUUGAUCACAAUGUCUACAGCGAUCGUGCACUAACAUUAUAUGAUAAUCUAAUAGUUCAUGAUGGAAAAGAAGUAUCGGUACAGAAAGGUAGUUAUAAAUUGAAGGGAUCUAGUUAUAAGAACAGUAAAAAUCUUAUACAACAUUUGCAACCUGUGCCGAUAAAACCUGCGGUUACUUUAGGAGAUGGUUUGGAUGAGCUAGGAAUUGUACGAAAUUAUGAUGAUCAGAAGAAACGAGAUGAAGGUUAUAAGAAUUAUGCUUUUAACGUUUUGGUAUCGGAUAACAUUGGGACGCAUAGAGUAUUGCCCGAUACAAGGCAUAAAUUGUGUCAAACACAACAAUAUCCCAGCAAUUUACCAUCUGCCAGCAUUGUUAUAUGUUUUUAUAAUGAACAUUACAUGACACUUGUGAGAUCUUUACAUUCCAUUAUACAAAGGACUCCUGAUGAUCUUUUAUAUGAAAUUAUUUUAGUAAAUGAUUGGAGUGAUGACAAUGGUCUACACGAAAAAACUAAAGCAUACGUCGAUAACAAUUUCAAUAAUAAAGUAAAAUAUUUUAAGACUGAAAGACGUGAAGGAUUAAUAAGAGCAAGAAUGUUUGGUGCGAGGAAAGCAACUGGAGAAGUUUUAAUCUUCUUAGACAGUCACAUAGAAGUAAAUGCAAUGUGGAUAGAACCACUACUUUCACGAAUUGCUUUUUCAAAAACUAUCGUAGCAAUGCCAGUAAUUGAUAUUAUCAAUCCCGAUACAUUUCAAUACACUAGUAGUCCCUUGGUAAGAGGUGGAUUUAACUGGGGUUUGCAUUUUAAAUGGGAUAAUUUACCGGUUGGUACUUUAGAACAUGAUGAAGAUUUUGUGAAACCUAUAAGAUCGCCAACAAUGGCUGGAGGAUUGUUUGCAAUAGAUAGGGAAUAUUUUAUAAAAUUAGGAGAAUACGAUGCCGGUAUGGAUAUCUGGGGUGGUGAAAAUCUAGAAAUAUCAUUCAGAAUUUGGAUGUGCGGUGGAAGCAUUGAACUCAUUCCCUGUUCAAGGGUUGGACAUGUAUUCAGAAGACGUAGACCAUAUGGUGGAAAUGAUAGACAUGACACCAUGUUGAAGAAUUCAUUGCGUGUAGCAUAUGUUUGGCUAGACGAAUAUAAAGAUUAUUUUUUAAGAAAUGCUAAAAAAGUAGAUUACGGUGAUGUUACGGAUAGAUUGAAACUACGCAAAGAAUUAAAUUGCAAAAACUUUUCGUGGUACCUAAAAGAAGUAUAUCCUGAAUUGACAUUACCAACCGAUAGCAAAAAUAAGUUGAAAGAGAAAUGGGCAAAAUUAGAGCAGAGGCCAAUUCAACCUUGGCACUCUAGGAAAAGAAAUUACACCGAUGAAUAUCAAAUUAGACUGUCUAAUACAGCAUUGUGUGUUCAGAGCGAAAAGGAUGUCAAAACCAAAGGUUCUAAGCUGAUAUUAUCAACAUGCUUAAGAGUUAAAUCACAGAUGUGGUAUGAAACAGACAAAAAUGAAUUAGUCCUCGGUCAAAUGCUGUGCAUGGAAGGAGCAGAGAAAAUACCGAAACUUGGAAAAUGUCAUGAAAUGGGUGGUAAUCAAGAAUGGCGGCACAAAAGUGAUAAUAUAUAUAAUAUGGCAGCUGGUACAUGUUUAGGAGCAUUACGAGCCGCAAAAGGAAGCCCUGUUACAAUGGAUUUAUGUACCAAAUCAAAUAAAACUCUUAUAACAUGGGAUUUAGUACAUUCGAAAAUUCCUCAACAGAAUUGAAUAACGGAAAAUGAAAAAGCCUAUAAAUGCAAUACAGAAAAAUAUCAACAUGAGAUUGCUAUGCAAAAGAAAAAAAAUGAAAGAAUUAAAUGAAAACUUUGUGAUACAAAGCAUAAUAUGAUAAAAGUUAAAAAUACUUAUUUUUUAAUUAUUUUAUUAUCACAAGAAUAAAAGAGAUUAUAAGAAAUUA